AUGUCGCUAAGCCGCGACAACAUGUUGGACCUUACACAAAAACCGAAAGGGUCAGUAGGGGCGGAGCACCCUGCUGAUCCAGCAACGUCAAGAGAAUUUGCAGGACUCUUGACGAAGACUGCUUCCAACACACAGUCGCUGCGUGUUACUGCCCCUAGUGAUGAGAAGUCCCUCAUCACUUCGAAGAUCAAAGUGAAAAGUGGAAUGUCACGUCGCGCCCUAGUGGACUGUGGGGCGUCGAACAGUUUCAUUCGACGCCAGUCUCUAGAAGAUAGUAGACUCAACUAUGCUGAGCGAGAGUUCCCUCCAGCGAUGAUGACGAUGUGCCUUUGUACAGGCACAUCCGUAACAGUGAAAAACGUGUAG